GCGAGAUAUGACAGCACGCUUACAACGGCAGCGAGUAGGAUUAAAAAUUAAAACUAAACAAAUAAUCUCUCUCUCUUUCUGUAUAUCACUCUCUGCACACUCUCUCUGCUGUACUCACUUGUCACCAUUCACAUGCUCUUUCUUUCUCUCCAUCUAAUCAAACCCUUCUUUUUCAAUUCGACGUCGUUUUACUUUCAAACUCACAUCUUAACGCUUUUAUUCACACACAUUCCAUUUUCCCCUUCAACCAAUAACUCCAAUCUUUUUUGUUUUUUUUUUCCAAAAUGGGUUGCGCACAAUCAAGAAUAGAAAACGAAGAAUCAGUGGCUCGUUGUAAAGACCGUAAAAACCUGAUGAGAGAAGCGGUUGUUGCUCGUAACGCCUUCGCCGCCGGUCAUUCCGGUUACGCUAUGGCUCUCAAAAAUACCGGCGCCGCUCUCUCCGACUACGCUCACGGUGAAACUCACCUCGACGACAUCGAACUUCACCCGCCGCCUCUUCACACUUCGCCAAACCCUCCACCGCCACCUCCGCCGCCUAUGGAAGAUAACCUCCCUCCGCCACCGCCUCUUCCGCCUAACUUCUCCCCUGCUUCGAUCAAACGCUCUGUCACCAUACCUCCGGUGGCAUUGCAGCACCGCAAAAAGGGAAACUCAGUCAUCACUGUUGAGGAAAACGACGGCGGUGCGAAGACGGACGACGGGAAGAGUGGCGACGGAUCGGUUCACGCGCCGCCUAGUCCGCCGGAUAGUAAAUCAGUUCCGCCUAUGCCGGAAUCGAAGAAUAUGGCUUGGGAUUAUUUCUUCAUGGAUAUGGAGAAUUUGCCAAGAGGUUCUUUGAAUGAAGAAGAUGAGAUUGAAAAUGAGAAUGAUAAUUUGGACGGUGAUGAUGGAGGACACGUGGAAGAUGAGAUUGAACCAAAGACACCUGAGAAAGUGGAGGUUGAAGUGUACACUAAGGAGCAUGAAGCAGAUGAAGAGAUAAGAGAGAGUAAACACAUUGAACAUUCUAAAACUGCUCCUGCUGAGUUUAGUUCAAUUAAGGUGGCUCCAGCUGUUACUCUCAUCCAGAUUCUAGGUUCACUUGAUGAUCAUUUUCUUAAAGCUUCUGAGUGUGCUCAAGAAGUUUCCAAGAUGCUUGAAGCCACUAGGCUGCAUUAUCAUUCUAAUUUCGCCGAUAAUCGUCACAUUGAUCAUUCCGCUAGGGUCAUGCGAGUGAUAACAUGGAAUAGGUCCUUCAAGGGUGUAUCCAGUGGAGAAGGUGCAAAAGAUGAUUUUGAUUCAGAAGAGUAUGAAACACAUGCCACUGUUUUGGAUAAGUUGUUAGCAUGGGAGAAGAAACUUUAUGAAGAGGUCAAGCAAGGUGAGCUUAUGAAGUUUGAAUAUCAAAGAAAAGUUUCAGUUCUGAACAAGCAGAAGAAGCGCGGUGCCAGUGUUGAAUCAUUAGGAAAAACUAAAGCGGCCGUAAGUCAUUUACACACAAGAUAUAUUGUCGAUAUGCAGUCGAUGGAUUCAACAGUUUCCGAAGUGAACCAUAUUCGCGAUGCUCAGUUGUAUCCAAAACUUGUUUCUCUUGUUGUUGAGAUGGCCAAUAUGUGGGAGAAUAUGUUCAUAAAUCAUGAGAGCCAGCUGAAAAUAGUUACAGACCUCAAAUCUCUAGAUAUUUCUCAAGAUCAUAAGGAAACAACCAAGCAUCAUUACGACCGCACCCUGCAGCUUUGGAACGUCAUCCAAGAAUGGCAGUCACAAUUCGAGAAGCUCGUGACUCAACAGAAGCAGUACAUCCAAGCUCUUAAUAGUUGGCUCAAGUUAAAUCUCAUUCCCAUUGAAAGCAACCUAAAAGAGAAAAUCUCGUCCCCGCCAAAAGCUCAGAAUCCACCUAUCCAAGCCCUUCUCCAUGCAUGGCACGAUUAUCUCGACAAGCUUCCCGACGAGCUAGCAAAAUCUGCUAUAUCCUCCUUUGCUGCUGUGAUUAAGACGAUCUUACUUCAGGAAGAGAUGAAGUUAAAGGAGAAAUGCGAGGAAACUCGAAAGGAAUUCUUGAGGAAAAACCAAGCUUUUGAGGAAUGGUACCAGAAGCAUUUACUAAGGAGAGGGCCCGAUGAUGCAGAGAGAGGAGAGGAAGGAAAUACUAACAAUCCGCUCUCAGAGAAGCAAUAUGUCGUCGGGAGCUUGCAGAAGAAACUAGAAGAAGAAACUGAAUCUCACAAAAAACUGUGCGUUCAGGUAAGAGAGAAAUCCCUACAGAGUCUCAAAACUCGGUUGCCUGAGCUCUUUCGUGCACUGUCGGAUUAUACUCAUGCCUGUUAUGAUGCUUAUGAGAAACUGAAGUUAAUCAUACAAUCUCAAGGUGGUGGUGUGGCAUAACAAGCUUUUUCUGUUCUCUUGUGAGAAAGUUUGGUUAUAUAUUUUUAAAUCUAUGUUCUGAUGCAUCCUCACAAGAAAAGCAGCAUACAUGUUUUAACUUAACAUGCUGAUUUAUAUCAAUCUUGUGUGAAAAUUUUGCCAUAGCUAGCUCUUUAGUUUUAACCAUCCUUGAUGAUGGAAGCACAUUGUACAAGUGUUCACUUAUGUGCCUUAAGUUAGGGUUUCGUAGGGCAAUAUUCAUUUUUCAAGUUCAAAAUUCUAAAGCUCAUCUGAACUUUAAGUUAGCUCUAUGCUGUGUGACUCAUUAUGAUUAUGAUAUUGAUGUGUAUCUAUAUCACAAAGUGCAUUCACAUUAUUACAUUAUCCUUGACUAA